UAUACAGUUAACAAGUGUAGUUAAUUUAAAUGUGUGUCAUGUACCCAGAUCAGAACAAAUCAAAUCACUCGUAGUGUUGAGUCCUGCAGCAAUUUUAUCCAAUGUUUGCCUACUAUCACCAAAUUCAUCAAUCUAUAGUUAUCUAUGGUGAAAUAGCCAAAAAGUACUCAAAACAGAGACAGGUCGUACGGAAAAGUCAAAUCUGUUUGAACGCUCAAAAAGUUCUGACGACGGCGCACAUAUUCUGACGUACUGGUCGCCGCCAGUGUAAUCAGGCUUUUUUUCAUUCGAACAGUUUGUCAGAACAAAAUUUCGUCAGAAUUCGCAUCACCAGUAAUCGUUAGAAAAAAGGGUGGCUGGACAGUACUGCUGUCGGGGACAGAUUGCAUGGGCAGGAAGAAAUCCAACAAAACACGACACAAACUAAUGCACUGAUUUUGUUUGACCGUAAACAGUUUUCAUUGUAGACAUUGAAGUCGCCAAAGAGGAGGGAGUUAAACUGGAUAGAGGGUUAAUGGAUAGAGGUAGGAAACAAAGAAAAAUGGUUUUGAAUUGAAUCAAAUCUAUAAGAUGUCCUUCUUGGCAGGCUUCAAACUCAGGCCUCUGGAACAUGACGAGGUGGCGUUGGUGUUAGCGAAUCAUUCAAGGGACCACUCAGGACCAUAUCCCCCGUCUGGAUGGAAACCAAAUGGGCCUGAGUUCGAAACGCCCGGAACUCCUCAAACACGUGGAAGACCAGGAGCACGAGGGUCACCUGCUGGAUCACCUGUAGGGCCAGAAACGCCUGAAACAACAGAAUCACCUAGAGCUUCUGGAUCUCCUGGAUCUCCUGUAUCUCCUGGAUCUUCUGUAUCUCCGGUAUCUCCUGGAUCUCCUGGGUCUCCUGGUGCACCUGAAAUGCCCGGAAAGCCUGGGACUCCGAUUGGUUCAGAGUACACUUCAACACAACCACCAGUGGAGCAUUCGCCACAAACUCCUUUUGAGGAGUAUGGACCCCCUUAUCACAAGCCGAUAUCCCAAAAUGACAUUACAACUACUAGACCACAGGAACCCACAACCGAGACCAGCUAUAAAGACGAAGAAGUAGAAAUAAUCAACGAACUUAGCGAAUUCACUAGGAAAAAGAGGGGACAGAAAAGCGAAAAACUUAAAGAGGUCGAGGAGUUUGACGUUACUACCGGUCCACCAUCGGUGGUUGAUAAGAAGCAAGAUUCAUUACCUAGUGUAAGAGACAUGGGAGUUUAUUACAUAUAUCACCCAAAUGGAGUACUCCAGAGGAUUAUGUAUUCUACCAAAGAUGAUAAAGUCAACAUGGAAUUUCUUGCUAGGUUAAAAUAUGAAAAUGUUAUUUCUAUCGAAGAUCCAUUGUAUACCUAUGACCCUAAGACUCUUGCACUGCAGAAAAUACAUUGAAAAUUAGUCAUAUGGAGAGAACUUGAGUGAUUUUGUAAAUUUUUGUACACG